AAUGCUGCCUGGUUUUGGUUUCCCUUUACUAAACGUAAAUCCCGGACUAGUUGCUGGUCAACAAUUAUUGCUCAAUGCGAAUGCAUUACAGCGAGUGAUGGUCUCUACACCGAGUACAUUCAUAGGUGAUUUUCCAGUGAUGGUGUCAACACCUAAUACUCAGUAUGUAAGUGUUCCACUACCGAAUGCCGCUCCUCAUAGCGGUCGCCCAACACCCAUGCUAGUACCGCCUGGAAUGGCCGGCGAAGAUGGAAGUAGCGAGAGUCCACAAGCGCAAUCAGCACCGCCAGCUACACAAGAGUGCCCAUGGACAAAACAUGAUACUGCUGAUGGUCGAGUGUAUUACUACAAUAAAAUUACGAAGGAAUCGUCAUGGAACAAACCUGAUGAGUUGAAAACUCCGCAAGAACGCCAGGCGCGUUCAACCCCAACCGCAACUUCUACGAAUGGCAUAUGGAAAGAGUACAAAACCACGGAAGGUCGUCCCUACUAUUACAACACGGUCACAAAAGAGACAACAUGGACCAAACCCGAAGGGUUCAGCACCCCCGUCGCUGCUGCGGCGCCAACCACUUCAACCGAGGCUGAUGCUACUACAACACAAGAGGUGAAAGUAGAAAAGGCAGCUACAGCGGAAGAAACGAAAGAGGAAAGUGAAAUGGAGAAGGCUAUGAAGGCAACCCUCGCUUCAAUGACAGUGCCUUUACCUGCUGCAGCUCCGGUGGAGACUGUCGAGCCAUUGGUGGAAGCGCCAGCAGAGGACAACGAGCAGGAUCUGAAAAAACGCCAGGCUGAAAGAUUCAGAGAUCUUCUCAGGGACAAAUACAAUGAAGGCAAAAUUACGUCGACAUGUAACUGGGAACAUGCGGUUAAGCAUAUUCAAGGCGAUCCUCGUUUUCGUAUCCUGACUAAGGUGUCAGAAAAGAAACAGCUGUUCAAUGCAUGGAAAGUGCAACGUCAAAAGGAGGAACGGGACGAAAAACGGUUAGCGAUAAAGAAAGCAAAGGAAGAUUUGGAGAAGUGGCUACAAGAUCACCCCAAGAUGAAGCCAGGGUUGAAAUAUAUGAGAGCUCGUGAAAUCUUCGGCAAAGAAGCGGUCUGGCAAGCUGUUCAUGAAGAUGAUCGACAGGAUAUUUUCCGGGAGGCUCUCGCAUACGUGACAAAGAGAGAUGCGGACAUUAAUCGCGAGACGAGGAAACGUAACAUCAAGGCGUUGGCGGAAAUUUUGGAAAGUAUGGACCAAAUCACGUACAAAACGACGUGGGCCCAAGCGCAACGACUUCUCAUAGAGAACCCACAAUUCGCAGACGAUACUACGUUGCAAAGCAUGGACAAAGAAGAUGCUUUAAUCGUAUUCGAGGAACAUAUUCGCCAAGCUGAGAAGGAGCACAUGGAGAUAAAAGAGGCAGAGGAGCGACGGAUCAAGCGACAGGAGCGCAAAGUAAGGGAAGAUUUUCAGAAGUUUUUACAAGAGCUCCAUAAGAAAGGGGAACUAACCUCAAUGUCACUGUGGUCAUCGCUUUACCCAGUGAUUUCGUCUGACCCACGUUUUGACGCUAUGCUAACUCAAGACGGUUCGACUCCUCUCGAUUUAUUCAAAUUCUAUGUUGAGGAAUUGAAGGAACAGUAUGGUCAGGAUCGACGAGUUAUUAAGGACAUCCUCAGCGAUCAAAAAAAAGUGGUUCAGGUUGACACAACAUUUGAAGAGUUUUCUAAGUGGGUAACAUCGGCCGAGAAGGGUCUGAUGGUAGAUCACGGCAAUAUGAAGCUUUGUUAUAAUUCACUUGUUGAAAAGGCUGAGUCCAAAGAACGUGAGGCGGAGCGUGAAGAAGCACGAAAGAAGCGUCGUCAGGAAAGCGAGUUCCGGCACCUGCUACGUGCUCAACAGCCGGCUAUAGAUGCGAACUCGGAGUGGGCCACUGUUCGUGGGAAAAUUGAGAAGGAAAAGGCGUUCCUGGUGAUUGAUUCCGAGGAACUCCGUACGAAGUACUUUGAGGACUACAAACGGUCUUUGAGCGAGUCCUGCGCACACCAUUCGGUUUCUAAAAAGAAGAAAAAAGACAAAAAGAAAAAAGGACGACGAAGCGAUAAGGAAUCUGAGAGCGAUAGCGAGCCUAAAGAGAAGAAGAAGCGUAAGAAGCACUCAAGAGAGGAGAGAGAUAGUGAUGACGAGAAAGACCGACGUAUAGAAACACAAGCGCUCUCUGAAUUUAAAUUUUAUGCUGACUUUCUUAGUUCGAAAACAGAUUUUGCGCAGUCUUUCAUAAAGCACUGCAAGUUUAUGUGUAUCAUCACCCAGAUGAGCGCUGAACUCUUCUCUCUCACUUAUGGUGCGCUUGUCACUGAAAUGCUCCAGGACUACGAAGAUCCAAAACUGGUGAAUUUGAGGUUGGAUAAGAUUGGCUUCAACAUGGGAACUAGAUUAGCAGACGAUUUUCUAGCUAAGAAUGCGCAUGUUCCAAAAUGCACAGAUUGUCGGCAGAUUGCAGAAGUUCUAUCGAAAAAUGCUAUACCCAUGUAUUUAGGAGUCCCAGCUGCAGUGUCGAACUGGGGUGGGGGUGAUCGAGAAUUUUCUUUGAUUAUCGAAAAUAAUCCGUUGACGGAGCUAGUUGAAGUGCCGGCCACGUUGUCUGCUCUCAACUAUUCUCAAGUCAUUGCUGGAGCGAUUCGUGGUGGGCUCGAAGCCCUACAUUUCAAGGUGUUCGCCACAGCAAUCGAAAACCCAACAAACACUGAAAUCAAAAUCAAGUUUGACCAAAUUUUAAGAGACAACUUACCAGCUGGAGAGGAGGAUUGA